UCAUGGUUGCUUCCAUGUUUAGCAAAGGAAUUUGCAGAGCAAAACAAAGUGAAGAACUUGAAGGAGGGAAGCCAACUCCAUCAUCCUCCACCGCUGAGCCAAAUCCGCACUCAAGUCCCUUCUCAAUCCUUCAAUUCAUCUUCCUUCUCUGUCCAUCAAAUUCCCUCUUUCUUUCCGCCAUAACAUCCCCCCAUUCCUUUUAACCAAUUUCACACUUUUCAACUUCUCUUUCUUAAUCCCCAACACCCCUUUGCUUCAUCUCUUUAGUUUCCAAUGCUAAUACCCAGAUUUCGACCUUCCUUCAUUCUUCAAAAUUCUUUCAUUGGGUCAACUUUUGCAGCGACCCAUGUCGCCUCUUUCCAUUCCACGCCUACUUCCUGCGAUAAAUGGAGGAGCAAAUGGAAAUUUGAUGGUGGUGGACACGGAAAGGAGCCAUCAAAGAGUUAUGUUAGAUACGUAACCCGUCAAAAGCGUGCUGAUGCAAAAAAGGCUCUAAAGAACCUCCUCUACAACAGUGGAUCUACCUUUCCGAAAAAGGAAUCAAAGUGGAGUCUUGGUGGUGACUGGCCAUCUGAUGAGUCAGAUCAAACGAGUAACUGCAAUAAGAAAGGACGAGCAAAGUCUUCGACGCAGAAAUUUGGCAAAUCCCAGCACAAGAAACCAAAAGGUAAGUUUGGAAGAGAGAGUUUUGCUAACAACUUCAGUAACGAUCACGAGACAAUCUUUCAUGCCACAUUUGGCGAUAAAUCAUAUUCUUGGUCGUUUGGCUCAUUUAAGGAGACCUCUCAAGAUUCAACAUAUGGUUUUGGGUGGACAAACCCUCCAAACUGGAAGAACCAAAGAGCUAAAGAAUGGGAUAAUUUGAGUGAUUUUGAGUCUGAUGACGAGGAGACCCCGGAUGUAGGAUCAUGUUCAGAUAGAACUAUCCUCGGUUUGCCACGAACAGGUCCUUUGAAGAUAGAAGAAGUUAAAACUGCGUUCCGCUUAUCUGCUUUAAAAUGGCAUCCUGAUAAGCAUCCAGGAUCUUCCAAGGCAAUGGCUGAAGAGAAAUUCAAACUUUGUGUUAGUGCAUACAAUUCCUUGUGCAGUGCACUCUCUCCUGGUAAAACUUCAGCUCUGUUCUAAGCCAUGUUCUAACUUGUAACAACUUCAUCAAUCAUUUAAACUUUUUGAUGAUAUAAUUUACAUAGAGAGGUUAUACGUAGUCUACAUUUCAAUCAAACUCCCUUCUCUAUAUGAGCUUUGUGGGGGAAAUAGUGAAAAUAGGAGUCAGAAUAAAUAGAUGCAUUUACUACAAUCUUCAAUUAUUUGUUGAAAGAAGGCAAUUCCUUCUUCACUUUCACUUAUAGAGCAAUGAUCCAUUGCAUUCUUUGAAAAUGAUCUUGAAGUUUAUGUAUCUCUUAUGUUUACAUCUUUAGUUUUGUAGCAAUUGUUCUACAAGAUCUGAUUAUCAAUGAGAAAGAUUGUUUUUCACC